AUGCCUUCCUCUCUUGCGCCCGCCGCCAACGGCAUACAGUCGGCCAACGACAACAUCACUCGCUUCAACCCCCCGAGCCGAGUCCUCUCUCCCCUCAACCACGCCCUGUUCCACAACAAGACACGAUGCUUCGUCUACGGUAUGCAACCCCGCGCUGUGCAGGGCAUGCUCGACUUCGACUUCAUCUGCAAGCGUACCACUCCCUCCGUGGCCGGAAUCAUCUACACCUUCGGUGGCCAGUUCGUCAGCAAGAUGUACUGGGGUACUAGCGAGACGCUCCUGCCCGUCUACCAGGAUGUGGAGAAGGCCAUGGCCAAGCACCCGGACGUCGACACCGUCGUCAACUUCGCCUCGUCCCGGUCCGUCUACAGCUCCACCAUGGAGCUGAUGGAGAACCCCCAGAUCCGGUCAAUUGCCAUCAUUGCGGAGGGUGUUCCCGAGCGUCGUGCUCGUGAGAUCAUGGUGGCUGCGAAGGAGAAGGGUAUCACCAUCAUUGGCCCCGCCACCGUCGGUGGGAUCAAGCCCGGUGCGUACAAGAUCGGUAACACUGGUGGUAUGAUGGACAACAUCGUUGCCUCCAAGCUGUACCGCAAGGGUUCCGUCGGCUACGUCUCCAAGUCCGGUGGUAUGUCCAACGAGUUGAACAACAUCAUCUCACAGACCACCGACGGUGUGUACGAGGGUGUUGCCAUUGGUGGUGACCGUUACCCCGGCACCACCUUCAUUGAUCACCUGCUCCGCUUCCAGAACGAGCCCGAUUGCAAGAUCCUGAUGAUGCUCGGUGAGGUCGGCGGUGUGGAGGAGUACCGUGUGAUCGAGGCCGUCAAGAACGGCAUCAUCACCAAGCCCAUUGUGGCCUGGGCCAUUGGAACCUGCGCCAGCAUGUUCAAGACCGAGGUUCAGUUCGGCCACGCCGGUGCCUCGGCCAACUCUCAGCUGGAGACCGCUGUCUACAAGAACAAGGCCAUGCGCGAGGCUGGCAUUCACGUCCCCGACACCUUCGAGGAUAUGCCUGCGCUGGUCAAGCAGGUGUACGACGCCGAGCUCAAGAAGGGCUCCAUCAAGCCCGCUCCCGAGCCCGUGGUGCCCAAGAUCCCCAUCGACUACUCGUGGGCCCAGGAGCUGGGUCUCGUCCGCAAGCCCGCUGCUUUCAUCUCCACCAUCUCCGAUGACCGUGGCCAGGAGCUGCUGUACGCUGGUAUGCCCAUCUCCGAUGUCUUCCGGGAGGACAUUGGCAUCGGUGGUGUCAUGUCGCUGCUGUGGUUCCGCCGCCGCCUGCCCCGCUACGCCAGCAAGUUCCUGGAGAUGGUUCUGAUGCUGACGGCCGACCACGGUCCCGCCGUGUCCGGUGCCAUGAACACCAUCAUCACCACCCGUGCCGGCAAGGACCUGAUCAGCGCCCUGGUGUCUGGUCUGCUGACGAUCGGUUCGCGCUUCGGUGGCGCGCUGGACGGUGCCGCCGAGGAGUUCGCCAAGGCCUUCGACAAGGGGCUGAGCCCCCGCGACUUUGUGGAUAUCAUGCGCAAGGAGAACAAGCUGAUCCCCGGUAUCGGCCACAAGGUCAAGUCGCGCAACAACCCCGACCUGCGUGUCGAGCUGGUCAAGGAGUUCGCCAAGAAGCACUUCCCCAGCACCAAGCUGCUCGACUACGCCAUUGCCGUCGAGACGGUGACCACCUCCAAGAAGGACAACCUGAUUCUCAACGUCGACGGCUGCGUGGCUGUCUGCUUCAUCGACCUGCUCCGCAACUGCGGCGCUUUCUCUGCGGAGGAGGUCGAGGACUACAUGCGCAUGGGCGUGCUGAACGGUCUGUUCGUCCUGGGCCGCAGCAUCGGUCUGAUUGCCCACUACCUGGACCAGAAGCGCCUGCGCACCGGUCUGUACCGGCACCCGUGGGACGACAUCACGUACCUGCUGCCCACCCUGCAGAAGGGUGGUGCCGAGGGCCGUGUGGAGGUCGAUAUGUGA